AUGAAGUUUAAUUUACCCCCAUCUGUUCCUUAUAAAAGACUAGUAUGGUAUUAUAACCGUGCAGAUUUCGAUAAACUCAACGACUUGAUAAUUGCAACUGAUUGGUCAUUUCUUGAUUUAAACACAACCGAUGAGGCUUCCGAAAAUUUUAAUACUAAAUUUAUGGAACUAGCAAAACUCUGUAUUCCGUCCAACUAUGUAACGAUAAGGCCAAAGGAUAGACCAUGGUAUGACUCAUUCAUUCGUCGUACUUCCCGUAAAAGAGACCGUCAAAAAUCUAUAGCUAUAAGAUCUGGUGUUCCACAGGGCUCUGUACUUGGGCCCUUAUUAUUUUUAACCUAUGUCAAUGACAUUGCAGACAACCUUGCUAGUGUAACACGGCUCUUUGCAGACGACAGUUCUCUCGCAGUUUCCACCUCUGAUAUUGCUUCUGUGGAAAGUACAUUAAAUGACGACUUAAAUAAAAUAGCUGAAUGGUCCAAGCGUUGGUUAGUAACUUUUAAUCCGAACAAAACAGAAGUGGUAUUUUUUACUCUCGGAUCUGAAGUUAAACCGUCUCUUUACUUUGAUAAUGUUCAUCUUGAUUAUGUUGACAGUCAUAAACAUUUAGGAGUUACUUUUAGAUCAGAUGGUAAAUGGCACGAUCAUAUCAAUAAUAUACUUUCAUCUGCCUCAAAAAUUCUAGGGUCAAUGAGAGCAUUAAAGUUCAAACUAAAAAGAAAUACGUUAAAUCAGAUUUAUAUAUCCUACAUGAGACCUGUUCUAGAAUACGCAUCAAUAGUCUGGGAUGGCUGUGCAGAUUACGAAAAACAUUCUCUUGAAAAACUCCAAUACGAGGCUGCACGUAUUGUCACAGGUCUUACGAGGUCUGUUUCUAUCGACCGUCUUCUUAAUGAAAUUGGUUGGGUAUCUCUGUCCGAUAGACGAAACAUUCAGAAACUCGUUACCAUGUAUAAAGCUAAGCAUCGUACAUUACCGGACUAUCUAUUAAAUCUUAUUCCAGAUACAGUUGCCAAUGAUGUACCCUAUCUUCUGAGAAACAGGAAUGAUUAUAUAACAGUUGCUCGUCGUACGCAAAUAUUUAAAUCGUUUAUUCCAUCAGCUUCUUCUUUAUGGAACGAUUUAGAAUCCGAUAUAAGAGAGUCAUCCACAAUUCAUAUUUUUAAAUCAAAACUUAAACUAAAAUACAAACCUUCAUCUGUACCUACAUAUUUUUGUAUUGGCGAAAGGCUGUACUCGGUUUACCAUGCUCAAAUGCUUAAAUCAUUCUACUUCUUCUCCAACCUUGUUGUUAUUCAUUUCGCUUAA